AAUUUCCGGACAGUUUUGGGAACCGCCAAGAAAUACAACCAGGUUUUUCCAAUUCGGCGCUCUAUUAUAUCCUUUCAAUUCGACGCAUACCGUCGAUCCGCAUCAGCAAUCCGCCAUACUCAAAUCUGCCUCAAAUUCCCACAAGCAGCUGGUCCAGUACAGCAAAGCUUUCAAGAUCCAAGCCCUUCCGGGGAUGCCGACUUCUACUGCAGCAAUUGCAGAUUCAGGAGAUUCGUCCAAAACUACAAUUGGUUCUAGUGUUGAAGAUAGUUCUCUCAAGGAAUCAGGUUCUGCUCAAUCUCAAUCUUGUGCCCAAAAUGAAGUGCAAGAACUUGAAAAGUUUGGCAACCAAAUUUCUCCUUGUCAACUGGGAGAAGUUCAUAGUUCUGUAGUAAUCUCUUCUGAUCAAGAGAAACCCCUAAGUUUUGGAAAUGAUCAGAACAUUGUUUCCCAUGAUGGUGUGUUUAAUAUUGCUGUCUCGGCUUCUAGCAAAUUCGGGUCACAUGUCGAUACCAGAGACAUUGAUAAUGCUGUUCGGGAUGCCGUGUUGAGGGAACAGGAACUUGCUACCCAAAAUAUUAUUCGUAGCCGAAGAGACUCCGUGGAUGCAGAUGGACUUCCAGAGGAGAGAUCAGAUAUCUUUUCAGAACGUUAUGACCCAAGUGCUCUUAAAGAGCAUCUUUUGAAGAUUACUUCUGAACAUCGUGCAGAAAUGGCUAUGAAAAGGGGAAAGUUGAAUCUUCCCGAAGAAGGGAACUUGGAAAUUGGAAAUGGUUAUGGCGUACCUGGUGGAUGUGCUUUCUAUGGGGCUUCAAAGCCUGGAAUUGUUACCCACGGAAAUAAUACGAUUGACCAGAAAAUCCAGGGACAGGUUAGGGAAGCAGAACAAAGUUCUUCUGCCAAAGAAUUGCCCGAGUACCUCAAGCAGAAGCUAAAAGCUAGGGGUAUUCUUAAAGAAGAUGCAAAACAUAGCAAUUCUGCAAAUUCUGAUGCUAUUUCAAAUCAAAUGUUGCAAGGAGAAAAGCUGCCUCAUGGAUGGGUGGAGGCUAAAGACCCUGGCAGUGGUGUUUCAUAUUACUAUAAUGAAAGCACUGGGAAGAGUCAAUGGGAAAGGCCCACUGAAUCGUCUUUUGGUUUGCAACUUUCAUCUGCUGUAUCCCUUCCAGAAGAUUGGAUGGAGGCAGUCGAUCAAACAACAGGCCAUAAAUACUACUACAAUAGGAGAACCCAGGUAACCCAGUGGGAGCCGCCUGUUGCAUCUCAUCAGGCAACUUUGGCACACUCGAAUGUUAGUGCUCCUGGGUCUUGGAACGACCAAACUUCAGGGCAAAGUAAAUGCGUCACAUGUGGAAGCGGAAUGACCCUCGUGCAGGGUUCAAGAUACUGCAACUGUUGUGCAAGUGGGGUUUCUACAAGUUCAACCAAUGGGACGUGGCAGGAUCAACCGUCUGACCAACAUAAAUGCAUGGGAUGUGGAGGUUGGGGACUAGGCCUUGUUCAAGCUUGGGGUUACUGUAAUCAUUGUACACGAACUCUCGGCCUUCCCCAGUGUCAGUACUUGCCAACCAGCAAUAUUUAUAAUCAGCAGAAGACCGAGAACAUCAAGAAUAACGCUGAUCCUUCCAUCAAAAAAUCUGCUUCAGAUAGGUCCAAAGGGAAGCCUCCAAUAGGGAAAGGUGGAAAGCGAGAAAGUAGGAAGCGUUCCCACAGUGAGGAUGAUGAAUUGGAUCCAAUGGAUCCUAGCUCCUAUUCAGAUGCUCCUCGUGGUGGCUGGGUUGUGGGACUAAAAGGAGUGCAACCUCGAGCAGCAGAUACUACUGCUACAGGUCCUCUCUUUCAACAGCGGCCAUACCCAUCACCUGGAGCUGUACUGAGGAAGAAUGCUGAAAUUGCUUCACAGACCAAGAAAGGAAGCUCUCACUACGCGCCUAUUUCCAAGAGAGGAGAUGGAAGUGAUGGCCUUGGUGAUGCUGACUGAUCUUCUACUUUAUUCUGCUUCGGCAUUUACAACAAGCACUAUUUCUGUAGCGCAGGAAUGCACUUUCCACUUGUGGAAAUGCUGCUAACCCUAUAUUCUUACUUGAAGUUAUGGAUCAGAUUGCAUGUGAUUGCUGCUGACUUUCUGGAUAGGAUGUGGCCGUAUAAUCAAGUGGGAGUUAGUUAUUGAGCCAUUUAAAGGUCUUCUUCUAUUCAUGAGUUUCUUGGUUUUCUUGGGGCUCACUUGUAUGUAGAAUAGCUAAUGAUGCAAUUACUGGAAAGUAGAACAUUUGAACAUAUUGAACCUUUUUCUCCUUCUUUCGUGAUCAUUUACUUCAAACGUUAUACUUACGUAACUUAGAGUUGCAUAUCUUUAUCA